UAGUGGGGAUUACGUUGGUUUAUUUAAUUCUUGAUGUACUGUCGAAUGUCGCGAUAAAAAGAAAACAUUUAAAUAGAAGUAUUCGUACUCGUCUAAGGCUAAUCAGAGUAAUUAUUUUGGUUAUACCAUUAACAAUUUGAGCAGCGCACACGUUGUUCUAAAUAUAUGUACAAAAUAACUAUUUGCUGAUGAAUAACUCGAGGUGCUCAGAUAAAUGAGUAAUUUAUUUAAAAGUGUUGUCGACGACGGUGAGACCUCUGUUAUCGUAACAGCCGAGAGGCUUGUACACACGUUGCGCCGGCGCACGUUCAUAUCGUGUCACAUUUUAUACAGAUUUUACAGCCCAGGUUUUUGGAAACGAGCGUCGAAAUGUCGAUAAUGCUUGUUUAUAGUCAGUGAUCGGUGAAUAUCCAAGCACUGUAGAUGUAGUGCAUCGCCUUCGUUGAAGGAAACGUGAAGUGUCUUCCUAUUAUCUUUUAAAUUCACCAUGAUGACGAGUACAGAGAAUAUUUGUCGUGUCGAUGAAUUAACUAAUUCGAAUGCGUUACUUACAAACAAUCUACAAAAUUCCAUGUGGUUAGAAAAAUCGAAGAAAGUACUGAAGAAAGUGAAGAGUUUCUUCCGCGAGACAACUGUUGAACCCUGUUUGUUUAUGUACAUGUUUUGCACUUCUCUAUCAGCUUUAGCGGUACAGAACAUGCAUUUGGACAAAUCAUGCAGAGUUAACUUAAAUUUCAGUGAAGAUGUUUGUGAUCGAAUCAGAGAUUUGAACACUACCAACUUGGAGGAAGAAAUGGUAGCAGUACAGACUUUAGUGGCGAAAGUGACAGCCUGGAAAUUCCCCUUGCAAACCAUAAUACCGGCUUUUCUAGUGCUCUUUGUCGGAGCGUGGAGUGACAAGUAUAAAAAGAGAAAAAUUUGCAUACUUUUCCCUUUCACUGGGGAAAUAAUAGUAAAUAUUGGCCUCAUAUUCGCCACUUACUAUUUUAAAGAGUUAUCCUUGACCGCCACCGCGCUUAUUGAAGCCUUGCCCGCGGCGUUUACUGGAAGCUACAUAAUCGUGUUUAUGGGAAUGUACAGUUUUAUAGCGGAUAGAACGACCAUAGAAGACAGGACAUUUCGUUUAGGUGUAGUGACUAUAUUUGUCAGUUUUGGUACUCCUGUUGGUACAGCUCUGAGCGGGAUCAUGCUUCGUGCUUUGGGAUAUUAUGGUGUAUUUUCCUUAUUGAUCUUUCUUCAUACUUCUUCAUUCAUUUAUGGAUUAUUUCGCCUUGAAGACGUGAUAACUGAUAACAUUUGUACAAUUAAAAAUACGGAAAUGAAUCGAUUUAAGAAGAUCUCACUCGACGUAUUUCAACUGGUCGGAAAUACAAUUUUAGUGGUCCUAAAACCUAGGGAGUUUAAUGGAAGAACACAAAUAUUUUUGGUCAUAAUUCUCUAUUUGUUGAUGGUGGGGCCGCUUUAUGGUGAUUCACAAGUCAGUUAUUUAUACGCGAGACGCAAAUUCAACUUGAACGAAGUAGAAUACAGUAUUUAUGGCACCAUCAACAUCCUUCUUGGUCUUGUCGGCACAAUUUUCUGCAUAUCUGUGCUGAGCAAGAAAUUGAACGUACAAGACAGCGCUCUAGGUGGACUUGCGGGUGUGAGCAGGAUAGCAUCAUGUUUCGUAUUUGCAUUUGCACCGAACAGACCGUGGUACUAUUCUGCACCUCUGUUCAACAUCUUCAGUCAUACUGGUCUCACUGCUGUUAGAUCUAUCACUUCAAAGAGCGUUCCCACUGAAGAAGUUGCCAAACUGAAUGCCAUUAUAGGCGUAAUGGAAGCCAUAGCGCCUUCUAUAUACACACCGACCUCAAGUUACAUAUACGCAGCUACAAUUCAGAACUUUCCUGGAGCAUUUUAUUUGUUCGAUGCAGCUCUCACGGUGGUAGCUAUAGGUUUAUUUGCCUACAUUUACAUACUGGUAAGAAGAAGAAUCAGCGAAGAAGUAGUAAAUCCUAAUAGAAAAGAAGAAUUUGCAAGAGAUAACGAAGUGUCUCGGUUUUAAAAUAUAUGUUUUAUAUGAAGCCAAAGCUGUAGAACUAAGAUUAGUUUAAUUAUUACAAAUUGUAUUAUUAUAUAGUAUUUUAAAUUUGCUUUAAUUAAAAUGCUGUGGUAGAUUACAUUUUAAUGUUAUAUUGAUAAAUUAUUAAUUAAAUUCUCGAUUAUAUACACGAUGAUAGAUAGAGAAUAAAGUGUCAGAAAAUAUCUUACAACAAUACCAUAAUCACAGAUUAUAAAUAUAGUACGUGGCAUUCUCUUUUUAAGUAAGUUGUGUUGCAAGUAAUAACUAUUUAGGUUAUUGGAAUUAGAAAAUAAAUGAAUGAAUAAAUGAAAAAAAUAUAAGGAAUAUUGUCCUAUUUAAGCAAGCAUUGCCAAAUUGCGUUAAUCUGCACUUGCAUUAGAAAUAACACACACAAGAUGGAAGAAGUUAGAUUAUUUUUGUAGAAACGUUUGGUAGAAUAACUUUUUAUUUUGAUAUUAAAUCAUGUUCUCUAAAAACCUGCACAGUAGUUGCUGGUUUCGAGGUGGCCAUAUUACUUAUAAAUAAAAUAUGUAAUAAAAGACUGUUGUAGGAUUUAACACUUGAAAAUUAGCACUUGAAUUAUAUGAAUAAAUAUUUUAUUAAAGAUAAUUAUAUUAUAAAGUGCGUUAUUUA